AUGAAAAAAUUUUCCAGACGUUUUUGUUCUCUGGAAAAAGGAAAAGUGGAUGAAAAAGCAACGCAACUUCACGCAAUAGCAUCCCUUAAAGUUUUGUUGGAUGCCACGAAGCCUCACAACGGUUCAUCUAGUUCCACGGCGGCAAAUCAUGUGACCUUAACAAGUCAGUUAAGUCAAGAGACAAGACUGGCAACGAGCGACCAGCCAAAUGGUAUUGCCACCGGAUUAGAAGAAGGCGGUGAUCCGGUGAGUACAUCAAUCACUAAAAAUUUUUUCAGAAAAGCGUGGUUUUAG